GGCCGGCCGGUGUCCCUGGCGCGCCGCGGGUCCGAGCGGAGCGGCGCGCCCGGUGCCACCGCGGGCCGGGGCGCGGAGCCUGGAGCGGCCCCGGCGGCCCCGCGCGAUGCGCCGCUCGAGCACGGACGAGUCCACGUACCGGCGCAGCCCGUCGCCGCCGGGCAAGGAGCCGGGCUUCGCGCGCGGCGGCCCCUUCUUUGGCCUGCACGCCAACCCUGGCCCCAAGGCGGCCCAGGCGCGCUACACGUCGCCCAAGGGCAGCAAGUACGUGGUCUUCUACUUGGACCUGUCCAUCAUCUUCCUCCUAGAGCUGAAGCGCUGCAGCAUGGCGCGCGGCUGCCUGCAGGGCGUCAAGUACCUCAUGUUCGCCUUCAACCUGCUCUUCUGGCUGGGAGGCUGCGGCGUCCUCGGCGUCGGCGUCUGGCUGGCGGCCACGCAGGGGAGCUUCGCCACGCUGUCCUCCUCCUUCCCGUCCCUGUCAGCCGCCAACCUGCUUAUCGUCACCGGCACCUUUGUGAUGGCCAUUGGCUUUGUGGGCUGCAUUGGGGCCAUCAAGGAGAACAAAUGCCUUCUGCUCACUUUCUUCCUGCUGCUGCUGCUGGUGCUCCUGUUGGAGGCCUCCCUCGCCAUCCUGUUCUUCGCUUACACCGACAAGAUCGACAGGUAUGCACAGCGGGACCUGAAGAAGGGCCUGCACCUGUAUGGCACCCCGGGCAACGUGGGCCUCACCAACGCCUGGAGCAUCAUUCAGACAGACUUCCGCUGCUGCGGGGUCUCCAACUACACCGACUGGUUCGAGGUCUACAACGCCACGCGCGUGCCAGACUCCUGCUGCCUGGAGUUCAGCGAGAGCUGCGGGUUGCAUGCGCCCGGCACCUGGUGGAAGGCGCCGUGUUACGAGACAGUGAAGGUGUGGCUCCAGGAGAACCUGCUGGCCGUGGGUGUCUUCGGGCUGUGCACAGCACUGGCUCAGAUCUUGGGCCUGACCUUUGCCAUGAUGAUGUACUGCCAGGUGGUGAAGGCUGACACCUACUGUGCGUAG